UGAUGCCGGACACCUUCAGAGGGCGCACGCACUUUUAUGCACUUUUAUUCUUCCGUUUCAUGCAAAACGUUUGGUUAGAGUUUUUGGAUCUCGUGAAGGUGGCGGUGAUGGGUGUGCUCUGCUUUGAGAGCUUUCCUUUUUGUGAAUGGAGAUGAGUCGUGCGUAAAAACUGGAGGUCUCUCUCUUGCUCGCGCUCUCAUUUUUUCCUCACUUUGUUCCCACCUGAUUGCAUGCAGGUGGACAUCUACUAUGACAUUGGGCUUGGAGGUUAUGGAGGAUAUUGUUAUCGACGUGGUGGGCGAAGGGCUCCGAGAUAACGGAGCAGGGGAGCAAAUCGAGCUGGAGCGCACCGCGGAUGUUGUGGCAUCUCACGGGGAGGAGCGCGACUCGCGCUCGUGCAGCCCUCCGCAAGCGAGCCCCGCAAAAACGAAAGGUCCCGCGUCGGUCAAGCCUCCUUACUCGUACAUCGCCCUCAUCACCAUGGCCAUUUUGCAGAGUCCAAAAAAACGCCUGACUCUUAGCGAGAUCUGCGAUUUUAUCAGUCACCGCUUCGCCUAUUACCGUGAAAAGUUCCCUGCUUGGCAGAACUCUAUCAGGCACAACUUAUCUCUCAACGACUGCUUCAUAAAGAUGCCCAGAGAGCCCGGGAACCCCGGGAAGGGCAACUACUGGACCCUCGAUCCGAACUCCUCGGAUAUGUUCGAGAACGGCAGCUUUUUGCGCAGGAGGAAGCGCUUCAAGCGGCAACAUUUCCGCUACAAGGAGCACCAUCACGUGGAGCCCGGCCUGCACGCAUUCCCCCACGGACACUACGGGCUGGGGGCACCGGCGCUCCAGCUACCCGCUCUGGAUAUUUACCCCUACAUGCAUCAACAUCACCACCGCCAUCACCAUCACGCACCCAUCCCACCUGUCAGCAGCAUCUUGCCUGCUCUUUCCAGCUUCUUCUCCCGGAGCGCCCUGACAGCCAAGGCCUUCCUGCAGUCCCAACCCGCUAUCGAAACCUUCUCGGCGGCUCACUGCACCGCCUAUUCCGCCCCAAUGACUCCCGUGACUGCUUUCACGUCCCCGGCGCUUUUCCACCACCCAGCAGCGUCCUCACCUCACCUGGUCACCUUACAGCAGGACUAUCACAAGUUAGGCUCUCAGUGUGGAACUCUCGAGCUGACAGCUAAACACGUCGGUGAUGGCAAUGAAUAAACUCAAGUUGG